CGCUGACGUCACCGUGCAGCAGAAGAUGGCGGCGCGUGAGAAGGCGGAAGGUUUCGUGCUGUGGUUUGAGACAGUGUGGAGUAUGUGACUGCCCCCUGCAGGCUGGACAGAGUGAGUGUAUCUCACCAUGAACAAUAAGGACAGCACCACAGAGUCCGAGAAUAAUCGCCAGAUGAAGGUGUUUCUGCCCAAUAAGCUGUUGGAGUGUUUACCCCGGACGAGCACUCUGCCCAAAGAGAGACUGCGCUGGAACACCAAUGAGGAGAUUGCGUCGUACCUGAUCUCGUUUGACAGACAUGAAGAGUGGCUCUCCUGCACACUCAAGACCAGGCCGCAGAACGGCUCGAUCUUCCUCUACAACAGGAAGAAAGUGCAGUACCGCAAGGAUGGAUACUGCUGGAAGAAGAGGAAAGACGGAAAGACGACAAGAGAGGAUCACAUGAAGCUGAAGGUGCAGGGCACGGAGUGUCUGUACGGUUGUUAUGUCCAUUCCUCUAUUGUCCCUACAUUCCACAGGAGGUGCUAUUGGCUGCUGCAGAACCCGGACAUCGUACUGGUCCACUAUCUGAAUGUGCCGAGUGUGGAGGACAGUGGAAAGGCGUGUGGGCCGGUUCUUUGUGCCGUCACUGACCGCCGGGACGGACUCCGCUGGAGCCGCGACGAGCUCAUCUCACAGCUCAAACCCAUGUUCCACAGUAUGAAGUGGUCCUGUGGGAAUGGGGCGGAGCUCUCUAUAGAGCAGCUGGUGCAGCAGAUCCUGGAGUCGCAACAGACCAAACCCCAACCACGCACACACACCUGCCUCUGUAACCAUGGUUCUCCUGGAGUGAACAUUCCUCACCGAUGUAACAGCACCAAACAUCGGAUCAUCUCCCCCAAACUGCCGAGCCGCCCCUCCCCCUACCCCGCCCUCACCGAGGUGCAGAACCUCACCAAUGAGAGCUCAGGGGGCGGAGCCAGCAGAGAGGCUGGGGUCGGAGAGGCUUCAUCUGGGGGUGUGGGCUCUGAGAGAGCGCCGCCUCCUGUUAGGCCAGGAGGCUCCAGCCCGGCGGUCGCCGCGGACAACGGGAACAUGUCCUCCCCUUCCUCAUCCUCAUCCUCUUCCAGCCCGCCCCAAACGCAGCGUGCGGCAACUAUCGCCCUUAGCAACGGAAACGGUUUCUACAGCGACCAGCGCAGCGGCCUGGCAACCGUGGCCUUGCCGCAGAAUGCUGUCAUCGUCAUGACGACGACAGCACUGGGGCGGGGAGGGGAGGAGUCUAAAGGUGAGCUGGGCUCCACCCACCUGUCACUCACACAUGCCGGUGGAAGAAUCGUCCUAUCACCUGUGCCGCCCAAACCAGACACGCCCUCUCCUCCAACUGCCGCCUCCCCUCCCAGCCCGGCCCCACCCCCUCACUCAGUGUCGCCUAAUCAGGGCGUGGCUACUCUGUCGCUUACUCUCCUGCCAAGCCCCGUGAUAGGAGGACUGCUGCUGACGGAUCGCAUCAUUUCAGACGCGCCUGGCACUUUGCUCCGCCCACCCUCGCCGUCUCCCGCCUUAAUGGCUCCACCUCCUCCAGUGACGGACUCCGCCCCUGUUGCCGGCCAUGCCCCCUCUCCCUCUGCCCCACUGCCCUUCGACCCUGACUCGUUCCUCAACAGCCCCAAACAGGGCCAAACCUAUGGAGGCUCCUCCCUUACCCCGCCUAAUCAGGCGAAUAACUCCACCCCAUCCUGCCAGACCCCGCCCCCUUCCUCCUCUCCUCAGCCUCCCUCUCUGGCCCUCUCUCUCUCCCCAACGUCUCCUCCCUCGUCCCUCUCUUCUCUCUCUCCCCCCACCUCCACCCCCAGCUCGUCCUCUCUCUCUCCCUCACUCUCGUUCUCUCUCUCACCCUCAUGCCCCGCCCCCUCCCUUCCCCCGCUGUGCCUAGACUCCUCCCUGGGCCUUGAUUCGCUGACCCGCCCGCUAAGCCCCGCCCUCGGCGAACAGGGCGCUUCGUCACCGCUAGACGUGGCUCACCAAAGCUCUGCCUCCCGGUAUCCAGAUGCUGAUGGACAAGCCCUGCUGAUUGGAAGGGAGAACGCUGCCCCACCCAGUCUUCUGUCACUAAGCCAGCUACAAGCCAAUCAGCUUUUGCCUUCACAGCACUCGUCGACCAAUCAGCAGGCGAGCCAGCUGUCAGGCAGUCAGCUCCAACUUAACCAAAUUAUACCCAAUCAGCUCUCGCCCAAACAGCGACAGACCAAUCAGCUGCCUGCUGACGGAGAGAGGGCGGAGUUCAGGCCUAACGAGGUUCAGUCUGACCUCCUGGUGACCCACCCCCAGCGGCCGCCGGUCCGAGGUCUGCGGCACAGCCUGAGUCAGCCGGCCCUAUUCACACACUCCGACACGCACGCUAACACACACUCGCACGCACACACACACGCCGGGAACGUCAGUCCGGUCCGAGUGAAAGAGGAACAGUCUCCGCCCAUCAACGCCGCCAUCCUCCAAGAGCUCGAACCCGACGAGACGCCCAUGGACACUGCCCACAGCUCAGACCCCGCCCACCCUGGCGACGAGGAGGCGGAGCUGUCAUUUGACUCCACUUUCCCCGACCUCAUAUCUGAGCUCAUCACCGAGGAGACGAGCACUCCUCCCACCCAGGCCCCGCCCGCCUUCCCGGUCAGGUACAUGGUCCCGCCCCAGCCGAUGCCCUCCACCUCCUACCUGCCCUACUCGCUCCUCACGCCCUCACACACACACUCCCACGCGCAGCCACAUACACACUCCGGACCACCCGAAGAGACCCCGCGUCUGGCCAGCAUCACCGACUUCUCCCCUGAGUGGUCUUACCCAGAGGGUGGGGUGAAGGUGCUGAUAACCGGCCCGUGGUCAGAAGUGAGUGGCCGGUACUCGUGCAUGUUUGAUCAGAGUACAGUACCUGCCUCGCUGAUCCAGCCAGGUGUGCUGCGCUGCUACUGCCCAGCUCAUGAAGCUGGCCUGGUGGCUCUCCGUGUGAUGAAGGAUCUGGACGCUGUCUCCUCGUCUGUUCUGUUUGAGUACCGUGCUCGUAACGCAGCGUCUCUGCCGAGCUCUCAGCUCGACUGGCUUUCACUGGACGAUAAUCAGUUCCGGAUGUCCAUCCUGGAGAGGUUGGAGCAGAUGGAGAGGAGGAUGGCAGAGAUGGCCAACAACAAUCAACAGCAACACCAGCAGCAGCAGAUCCAUCAACAGCGGCUGUCACGGCAACAGAGUUUACCUGCCUCCCCCCCGCGCCUCACACCUGAAAACCAGUCUGGUCCGUGGUUUGAGCGGCGCAUCAUCAGUGUGUGUGAACGGAUGAUGAUGGGGGGCCGGUGGGGGGGCAGUGGAGGAGAGAGGCUCACACACUCGAUCAGACACAGAGGGAUGACUCUGCUGCACCUCGCCGCCGCACAGGGAUACACACAGCUCAUACACACACUCAUACAGUGGAGGACUGUUAGUGCUGAUAGUUUGGAUUUGGAGCAGGAGGUGGAUCCCCUCAACGUUGAUCACUUCUCCUGUACACCACUGAUGUGGGCAUGUGCGUUAGGUCAUCAGUCGGCGGCGGUGUUGCUGUACCGGUGGAGCAGCGUGGCUCUGGGUAUUCCCGACUCUCUGGGGCGCCUCCCGCUGGCCGUGGCCCGUUCACGAGGACACACGCGCCUCGCACGCUGCAUCGAGGAGCUGCACACACUCACACAGGCUCAGGAGUUCACACACACUCACACUCACACACUCAGCCUUGACACGUCGCCACCGCCGCAGAUUCCACUGUCUCCGCUCUCCACCAGCCCUGAUACAGGUCUGAGUUCGUCCAGUAGUAUUCCAUCCCCCAGUGACCCGCCCUCUCCCUCACCAAGCUCCGCCUACUCUAGUGGCUCGGUCCCGCCCACCUCCCCUCUGUCCAGCCCCCCUGACCCCAUGGACACUUCUAGUUCCUCUCCCUCCUCCCCAGUAUCUUGGGAAGCGGUGGGCGGAGCAGAGUCCGGUCACUCCCCCACACACACACAACCAGACUACACACACUCUCACACACACUCUCCCUUCGAGGCAGAGCUGCUGAACUACAGUGAGAAUGCUGAGAAUGAGGACUACCUGCCUGCAGAAGUGCUACAGGUUGACAUGGCAACACUGGCAGAACAGAUAAUCGAGGCGACACCAGAGCGAAUCAAACAGGAGGAAUUCCCUAGGGAGGCGGAGUCUCCACUCAGAGAGAGGCGGGACAACCCUGCCAUUCAUGACACCAUGCCUUGGCUUGCACCAUACCUGGACACUGUAGACAGGUGUAUGUGUCCAACCCCCCAGCCACCCUCCCCUCUCAGUGCACUGGCCUUGCAGAGGCUCCGCCCCCCGAGCAGUGCUGCGUGGGCAGAGUUUCUGAAUGCCUCAGCCAAUGGCAGGAUGGAGAGAGACUUCGCUCUGCUCACGCUGACAGAUAGCGAACAGAGAGAACUAUAUGAGGCAGCACGCAUCAUCCAGAAUGCAUUCAGGAGAUACAAGGGGCGGAGGCUGAAGGAGCAGCAGGACAUGGCGGCUGCAGUUAUCCAGCGAUGCUACAGGAAGUACAAGCAGUACGCUCUGUAUAAGAAGAUGACCCAGGCUGCAAUCCUGAUCCAGAGUAAAUUCAGGAGUUACUACGAGCAGAAGAAGUUCCAGCAGUCUCGCCGCGCCGCAGUGCUGAUCCAGCAGUACUACCGCAGCUACAAGGAGUAUGAACGGCUAAAGCAGGGGCCCCGAGGGGCCAACACCCUCACCACCAAGAUAAAAGGCUCUUUCCUGACGAAGAAACAGGACCAGGCGGCUCGCAAAAUCAUGCGCUUCCUCCGCCGCUGCAGACACAGGAUAAAGGAGCUGAAGCAGAGCAAGGAGCUGGAGAGGCGGGGCCUUACCACCUGAUCUACAUACACACACACAGUUAUACUCAUGUUUCUCUGUAGAGUCCUAUACAGUCAUGUUUACAGUAGUUUCUGAACUAAACACUGUCCGGCCUCUCUCCGCGCUCGCCGAGGGACGAUUCUCUACGUUUUUCCUGCAUGUUGAGGAAUGAAGGGAGGAGUUCUCCACUCGUCCAUCUGCUGCCCUUUAACUCUCACACUGGGCUUUCUUCCCUCGUUCUCCUCUCGCUCUGUUCGUUUUGUUUUUUUUUUCUUCGCCUUUGUGCCGUAGCCAAGCUUCAGGAGAAGUGUAUGAUCAGAGGGAGAGGGAGAUCGAGCAUCACUGUCUCUCUCUCUCUCUCUCUCUGUCUGUCUGACUGAGGUGCUUCCAGCGCAUUACACUUUGUUUUUAUUUCACUGUUGCAAAACUAAAAGAGAGACAGAGCAGCUUUUACACGUAUAUAAAUAUAUAUAUAUAACGUACUUCUGAGGUAUACAAACUCUCUCUAUAUAGACAUGUACUUCUAUAUUCUAAAGAAAAGAGAUGAUUGUCUUGCAUAUUGAGUUUAUUUACUGAUCUGAGGUGUUUUAGGCAUGUUUUAUUACGACUCGAUGUUUACCUGCCCAGGGGGAGGGGCUUAUGACUUAAGGCUCCACCCACUGAUCUUAUUUAGUCUUAGACUUCUGAAACGAGGGAAGAGAAACAAAAAGAAAGAGGGAAAGAAAGAAAGGAAUGGCACCCCUUCUAUAGCACUCCAGCUGGUUUGUGUUGUACAGAGAAAUUUACGAAAAAGUCUUAAAGAGUGAACGGCACACCUGGAGUGACGUAGUGCAGUUAGGGCUGCACGGUAUAAAGUGUCCUGUUGGUUCUAAUAUAUUGAUACGUAUGAUAAUCGACCCUCUUCACACUUUCGUACUCCACUGAAGCAGAAGUCGUCAGGAAAACAUUACAGUAGUGGCAGCAUUUAUGAACGUAGACUUGUUUAUUUACAUCAUUCUUCCACAAAAAGGUUUUCAUUUCCAGAAAUCAGUGAGUUUAACAAGCUUUUCUUCCAGAAUUACCUGCAUGACUCUGUUACCCAAUGAGCUACAACCCAGCGAGGUCAGCUAUCGUUAGCGCUCUGAUGUUUACUAGAAUACAGUCAGUGUUGUGCAGGUUGGGAGUAAAGUUAGUGGAGUCAGCUGUACCUCAGCUUGUACUGUCUUAUGGUCAUUUUAUGUGAUUUAACUUUAUAUUUUUACAUUUUCCUCUUACAGUGUUCCUCGAUAAGCUGACCAACAUGACGAUAACCACGUUUCCACCGACUUUCUGUGCAAAUUUUCAAGCGGUAAAAUGAAAACACUUUUUGCCGCCCAGCAGCUUGUCAAUUUUUUUAAUUGUGUGUAUGAAAUUACAGUAAAGCUCGUCCGUAUAUAACAUAGAGACAUACAGUUGUGUGCGAAGGUUUGAACACCCCCAUCAAAUUCCAUGCAUUUUUCGAUUUUUUCUAAGCGUAAAUAUUUUAACAGCCUCUACAGAGAACUGAGGUAUGACAUUUUUCUACAAAUUUUACUGCUCAAUUUGUAUUUAUUUGCUUAAUUUAACAUACAGGAAAAAAACAAAAACAUAGCGCCCUCUACAUUCUGAUUGGUAAAAGCUGCCACUGCUGGAAUGACUUUAGUAUGAUGUCUUCUGAUGUUCUGUGGAAAUGUAAAAAUAGUGUUGGGAUAUUCUUCUGUAAUAUAUAAACAAAUAAACUGGGGAAUCAGUAAUAUGACAGGGUCGAAUUGGCCUGCAUCACUUUUAUUAUUACUAAUAUAAGAAAAGUAAUAACUGUAAUUAUUAGUACUGUUAUUAUCAUUAUUAA